ACGACUUUUGUGAAAUUAACAAAAACCAUAUAAAAUGGACUCCAAAGUAGCUAAAAAGUCUUGGGAACUAUCUAAUAAUGUGGAAAGUGUGUCCAGUGUUGAUGAUAUUUAUCGAUACGAUUCUAAGCAGCAGCAAGAUAUACUUACAGCAAAGCCAUGGGAAAAAGAUCCACAUUAUUUCAAGCACAUAAAAAUCUCUGCAUUGGCAUUGCUGAAAAUGGUAAUGCAUGCCCGAUCAGGCGGUAACCUUGAAGUCAUGGGUCUUCUGUUGGGGAAAGUUGAUGGGAACACCAUGAUUGUUAUGGAUGGGGUGGCAUUGCCAGUAGAAGGCACAGAGACAAGGGUCAAUGCUCAAGCCCAGGCUUAUGAGUACAUGGCUGCAUACACUGAGGCUGCUAAACAGGUGAAACGCUUAGAAAAUGCCAUAGGCUGGUACCACAGUCAUCCAGGAUAUGGUUGCUGGUUAUCUGGCAUAGAUGUGUCCACACAGAUGCUUAAUCAACAGUUCCAGGAACCUUUUGUGGCUAUUGUGAUAGAUCCAGUGCGAACUAUAUCUGCAGGGAAAGUUAACAUUGGUGCAUUUAGAACUUACCCAAAGGGAUAUAAACCACCAGAUGAACACCCCUCAGAAUAUCAGUCCAUUCCUCUCAACAAAAUUGAAGACUUUGGUGUCCAUUGUAAAGCUUAUUACCCAUUAGAAAUGUCUUACUUCAAAUCAUCCAUGGAUCGGAGACUGCUUGAAUCUUUGUGGAAUAAAUACUGGGUCAAUACCCUGAGCUCAUCUAGCCUUCUUACAAAUGCUGAUUACACAACAGGAAUGAUAUUUGAUUUGUCAGACAAAUUAGAACAGUCUGAAUCACAGCUGGGUCGUGGCGGUCUCAUAGGCACUGAUGCACAGGAUAAGAAAACUGAAGAUAAACUCACCAAAGCAACCAAAGAUGGCUGUAAAACAACUAUGGAGGUUUUACAUGGACUCAUGUCACAAGUGAUUAAAGAUCGGUUGUUUAAUCAAGUUCAUUGCAAACCUGCUGAGCCAGAUCAAGCACAACAGCCGCAACAAUAGUUUGUUUCAUUUAUAAUUUCCAUUACUUAAAAAACUGUUAUGCUGGUGUUUGAAAGAAAAGGGUGCUGUUGUAAAUGUUUACUUAUCUAGUUUUGAUGACAUUUAUAAGGUAAUUUAGAUACCUGGUGAAUGUUUUGAUCAUCUUGUUUUGUUUUUCUGCAGUUUAACCUAACUAAAAAUUCAGUCUUUACUAAACUAAAAUAAAUCAUAUACAAUUUUUUUACCUUUAGAUACUAUUGUAUAUUUUCAAAAACUAAUACUUGACAGUUGAAAAAAGGUUCACUCUGAAAU